AUGGAGUUCAAGUCAAAGACAACACAGGGCGGCAGUGAAAAGGUAAAAAGACACAGACAAAAAGACUAAUGUCUUUUAUUGAUUGUGAUAAUAAUAUAUGUCAAUCACAAAUGCCAAGGUGCAUUGAAGCUGUUCUGACUCGUGGUGGCCCAAUGCUCUAUUAAGACACUUAAUGCCGGUGUUUCCUUUAUUUUGGCAGUUACCUGGAUAUGCCAGGCCACAACCGAAAACAAAACGCAAAAUAAAGAUAGGAAAAGUGAAUUUAAACAUCUAGCAACAUAAUUAAUUACAUGCAUAAAUAAUUAUAUCAAUCAAUACUGAAUUAGAGGGUGAUGCCUCUGGAAUUUCUACACUGAUUGAGUAGGUGAAGUUAUGGAGAUUGUAUUCCUAUUAGAGAGAAGUGAGAGGGACAGUUCCUCAGUUUAGGGUUAUUUAAUGUUGAUUGGAGAUGAACAAUGUUUGCAAUUCUGUGCCACGUCACUCAGCUGUGAUUAUCCAAUUAACUGUCCAGUUAUAAAUACAAGAUGUCACAAAUGUAGCUAAUAAUGUUAGAUAGAUAGCAUAAAAACAAGAUACUUCAUUCUGUAAUAAUGAUCUCUGCAGCACUCCACCAAUCAGGCCUUUAUUGUAGAGUGGCCAAGCGGAAGCCACUCCUCAGUAAAAGGCACAUGACAGCCCACUUGGAGUUUGCCAAAAGACACCUAAAGACUCUAAGACCAUGAGAAACAAGAUUCUCUGGUCUGAUGAAACCAAGAUUGAACUAUUUGGCCUAAAUGCCAAGCGUCACGUCUGGAGGAAACCUGGCAUCAUCCCCACGGUGAAGCAUGGUUGUGGCAGCAUCAUGCUGUGUGGAUGUUUUUCAGCUGCAGGUACUGGGACACUAGUCAGGAUUGAGGGAAAGAUUAACAGAGCAAAGUACAGAGAGAUCCUUGAUGAAAACCUGCUCCAGAGUGCUCAGGACCUCAGACUGGGGGCGAAGGUUCACCUUCCAACAGGACAGUUGCCCUAAGCACACAGCCAAGAAUACGCAGGAGUGGCUUUGGGACAAGUCUCUGAAUGUCCUUGAGUGGCCCAGCCAGAGCCCGGACUUGAAUCCAAUCGAACAUCUCUGGAGAGACCUGAAAAUAGCUGUGCAUCCAACCUGACAGAGCUUGAGCCGAUCUGCAGAGAAGAAUGUGACAAACUCCCCAAAUACAGGUGUGCUAAGCUUGUAGCGUUAUACCCAAGAAGACAAAGUACUGAGUAAAGGGUCUGAAUACUUAUGUAAAUGCAAUAUUUCCGUAGUUUUUUUGUUUGUUUUUGUACAAAAAUUAAUAAAAAACUUUUUUUGCUUUGUCAUUAUGGGAUUUUGUGUGUAGAUUGAUGAGGGAAACAAUUUAAUCAAUUUUAGAAUAAGGCUGUAACGUAACAAAAUGUGGAAAGAGUAAAGUGGUCUGAAGACUUUCCGAAUACAGUUACAUUUCUGGAAAUUACAGUUCUGGUAUUCAUGCACAGUGAUGAAUAAAUUAGUCAGAAAGGAAAUAAUGUCCAAAACAGAAAUCUGUGUUCACAGCAGUAGCUUGCGAGCUGCACUUGGUAAUGAACUAAACACUAUGCCAGCCAGGGUUGCUAGGUCAAGCUAAAAUGUCUAGCCCAAUGACUACUCAAAACCCACCCACAAGGCCUGAAAACUAGACCAACAUGUUUUUCUUCCCAGCAAGAGAGGAGUUGCCACAUUUAGCUAAUAAACCCUUUUUCCAUAACGUUAUUGAGCGAAUUAAGAAGGAAUCUUGACUUAACUUCUAACAAAUUAAGAAGCAAAAUGUGGUUUUCCAUCAACAUAAUAAAUAUUGCGAGCUAAUGUAACUAAUAAAGGAAUUUGAACUGUAUCAACAGAAAAAAUAAUUAGCCCUUAUUAAACUUCAAAAACGAAUGUUAGGCUAUUUUCUGGCAAUUGUGCCGUUAUUAUGUGCCAGAUGUUAAGACUACAAACCGUUAUAAAUGGCCUAUUAGGGAGAUUGACUUGUCAUUCAACAGGAAUAGGCUAGGUCUACUGACUCAAACCUGGGUUUAUGAUUGUAAUUCAACUUUGUCAUGGUUUGGUUAGCUAGAUGCAGGUAACCUGAUAGGCCUAUAUCUAAUUUCAGACAGCCUACAGUAGCCUAGGCAAGAUGUAAAAUGAACGAUUUAGCAGUUUGCUUAGUUCAAAAUGAUAGACUAAUUUAUUCAACAUGAACAGAGUGGCAAUUUCGAGGUAAGAAGUGCUUCCUGGGGUCAUACUUUCAAUCACUGAAUCAAAUGUAAAAAUAUAGAUAGGAACUGAAUAGGCAUGUGCUUGUCAACAACAGCCAGUGUUUUAUUUACCUGUAGCCUAAUCUGACUGACUGUUGCCUUCAAUCUAAUGCAUUCUAACAACAGCUGAUCGGCAAUUGCGAUAGAAUUGUGACUAUGAUCACAAUUGAUAACUUCCAAUUUCAUUAACUAAACAUGUCCAUUAAUAAUUGUAUAAUAACACAAGGCUACAACAACAAUAAACUGAAGUUAUAGGCUAUUUAUUAAAUCUGUUUGCCAGCUCCAGGUAGGCUACACAAGUGGCACAAAUUGAUUUUCAAUGACUCCAUUGAUAUUAUCAUUUCAACGUAUUUAUUGUAUUAAAUGGUAGGCUACAGUAGCCUACAUAGGCAUAGCAAUUAAUAGGUUAAUUUAUGGCCAACAGAUGCAAAUGUAUCAUUCUCCACAUUUAAUGUCAGUUUCAUUGUGGACUUUUACCCAUAACCAGUGCUUAAUUUGAGCCGGAUCCUACUGGAACAGUAUGUUUGAGACCAACGCGUGCAGUCGUUGUUUGAGAAGCGCGCCUGUAUCUUUCACAGAACUAGAAUGAGAUUCAUUUUCUAUGAUCUCUCUCCCUCUCCCUGCUCUGAUAGACAUGAGCCUGCAACUAUCAUCUCUCCAGAGUUGCACUUCAUCAUUUAUUUCCUAAUAGAAUCAUAGCCCUGCGAAGGGUUCCGGUGGAGCUGCAGCACCCCUGAUAAAUACAAAUAAAUUAGCCAAAGUUAUAGAAUCAUUGCUGUCUUUUCAAAAAUAAAUGAAAUAAUUCAGAAUAGCCUACUACACCAUGAGAAGGCCUAUCAUUUAGCCACAGAGGACCAAUAGCUUCUUUGUUUUAAAUAGCCUAGCUGUGGAUGUAGCCCAACAAAUCUGUCAGUAAACAAACAGCAUGCAGACAACAGGCCUUUCGCAAUAUUUCAAAUACAUUAGCGGGAAAACACAGUUUGGAAAGCAAAUGGCUCCUGCUGAAAAGAGAAGACUAAUCUGUCUUCUGUAGGCUACCAAAAUAUUUGAUCAACUUCCAUAUAUUGUUUUACAAAGUAAAACAAGAGAGAGAUAGGCUUUUGGCAUGAGCGCCACGUGGGCUAUCACAAAGGAAUGAGCUGCACAUCAUUGGGUGAGUCAGUGAAACGGGAAAGCAUUUUUAGGACUAUAAUUUCCUCCUCAUAUUGUAGCCUACAAUAUGUCUCCAUACAUCUAGGCCUAGACUAUUCAUGGAUUUUAAGAUAAGGUCAUUUUUAUUUUAUUUAUUGAUCUCAGUUUGUCAGUGUCAAAGUAGCCUGUUAUUACAAUUACUUUGUUGUCAGGCUGUCAGUGUGAUGCGGUAGGACGAAGUCAGGCGCAGGACACAGAGCUAAUCGAAAACGUACUUUACUCGUAGUAAAUGUAAAGAACAUAACCUCCACGCAGGGAGGAACAAACCAGCUCACCAGACGACAACCAUACAAUAACAAACACGCACAAAACACAGUGGGAGCCAGAGGGUUAAAUAGGGAAGAAAUCAAGACAUAAUGGGAAACAGGUGUGAACAAUCCGACAAAACAAGUAGAACAUAGAAACAUGGAUCAGUAGCAGCUAGUACUCCGGUGACGAUGAACGCCGAAGCCUGCCAGAGCAAGGAGGAGGAGCAGCCUCGGCAGAAUCCAUGACAGUACCCCCUCCUUGACGCACGGUCCCAGCCGUGCGCCGACACCGGCCUCGGGGACGGCCAGGAGGACGAGGCGCGGGGCGAGUCGGAUGACUACGGUGGAAAUCCCUCAACAUGGAGGGAUCGAGGAUGUCCCUCCUAGGGACCCAGCACCGUUCCUCCGGACCGUACCCCUCCCACUCCAUGAGAUACUGCAGGCCCCCCACCCGACGCCUCGAAUCCAGGAUGGAACGGACCGAGUACGCCGGUGCCCCCUCGAUGUCCAGUGGGGGUGGAGGAACCUCCUGUAUCUCAGACUCCUGGAGUGGACCAGCUACCACCGGCCUGAGGAGAGACACAUGGAACGAGGGGUUAAUAAGAUACUCAGGAGGAAGCUGUAACCUAUAACAUACCUCGUUCAAUCUCCUCAGGACUUUAAAUGGCCCCACUAACCGCCGACCCAGCUUCCGGCAGGGCAGGGGCAGGUUUCGGGUCGAGAGCCAGACCCGAUCCCCCAGUGCAUACACCGGGGCCUCACUGCGGUGGCGGUCGGCGCUCGCCUUUUGUCACCUGAUUGCCCGCUGCAGGCGUACAUGGGCAGCGUUCCAGGUCUCCUCCGAGCGCCGAAACCAUUCGUCCACCGCAGGUGCCUCGAUCUGGCUCUGAUGCCAUGGUGCCAGGACCGGCUGAUAACCCAAUACACACUGGAAUGGAGAAAGGUUAGUGGAGGAGUGGCGGAGGGAGUUUUGGGCCAUCUCUGCCCAGGGAAUGAACACUGACCACUCCCCCCGCCGGUCCUGGCAAUAAGACCGCAGAAACCUACCCACAUCCUGGUUUACUCUCUCCACCUGCCCAUUACUCUCGGGGUGAAACCCUGAGGUCAGGCUGACGAGAUCCCCAGACGUUCCAUGAAUGCCCUCCAGACCCGUGAGGUGAACUGGGAACCCCAAUCAGACACUAUAUCCUCAGGUACCCCGUAGUGCCGGAAGACGUGUGUAAAUAGAGCCUCCGCAGUCUGUAGGGCCGUAGGGAGACCGGGCAUAGGAAUGAGACGGCAGGACUUAGAAAACCGAUCCACAACGACCAGGAUUGUGGUGUUCCCUUGUGACGGGGGAAGAUCUGUAACGAAAUCCACCGAUAGGUGGGACAACGGUCGUUGUGGAAUGGGUAGGGGUUGUAAUUUCCCUUUGGGCAGGUGUCUAGGGGCCUUACACUGGGCGCACACCGAGCAGGAGGAAACAUAAACCCUCACAUCCUUGGCUAAAGUGGGCCACCAGUACUUCCCACUAAGACAGUGCACUGUCCGACCGAUGCCAGGAUGACCAGAGGAGGGUGACGUGUGAGCCCAAUAGAUCAACCGAUCGCGGACCUCUAGCGGCACGUACAUAAGACCCUCUGGACACUGGGGGGGAAUAGGCUCGGUACGCAACGCCCGCUCGAUGUCCGCGUCAACCUCCCAUACCACCGGUGCCACCAGACACGACGCCGGAAGUAUGGGAGUGGGCUCCAUGGACCUCUCCUCCAUGUCAGACAGUCGGGACAGAGCAUCUGCCUUAGCGUUCUGGGAACCUGGCCUGUAAGAAAGGGUGAAAACAAAACGGGUGAAAAACAUGGCCCACCUUGCCUGGCGAGGGUUCAAUCUCCUCGCCGCCUGGAUGUACUCCAGAUUGCGGUGGUCAGUCAAAAUGAGAAAAGGGUGUUUAGCCACCUCAAGCCAAUGCCUUCACACUUUCAGAGCUUUAACCACAGCUAACAGCUCCUGCUCCCCCACAUCAUAGUUGCGCUCCGCCGGGCUGAGCUUCUUCGAAAAGAAAGCACAGGGGCAGAGUUUUGGUGGCGUACCUGAGCGCUGAGACAGUACAGCUUCUAUCCCAGCCUCGGACGCGUCCACCUCAACUGUGAAGGCCAAGGAGGGAUCCGGAUGAGCCAGCACUGGAGCCGAGGUAAACAGGUCCUUCAGGUGACCAAAAGCCCUGUCCGCCUCAGCUGACCACCGCAGUCGCACCGGUCCCCCCUUCAGCAAGGAGGUAAUGGGAGCCGCUACCUGACCAAAGCCCCGGAUAAACCUCCGGUAGUAGUUGGCAAACCCCAAGAAUCGCUGCACCUCCUUCACCGUGGUUGGAGUCGGCCAAUUACGCACGGCCGAAAUGCGGUCAAUCUCCAUUUCCACCCCUGACGCGGACAGGUGGUGCCCUAGGAAGGAGAUGGACUCUUGAAAGAACAAACAAUUCUCCGCCUUGACAUACAGGUCAUGCUCCAACAGUCGACCAAGCACCUUACACACCAGGGACACAUGCUCGGCCCGUGUAGUGGAGUAUAUAAGAAUGUCAUCAAUAUACACCCUUACACCCUAUCCGUGCAGGUCCCUGAAAAUCUCAUCAACAAAUGAUUGGAAGACUGAUGGAGCAUUCAUUAACCCGUACGGCAUGACGAGGUACUCAUAGGGUCCAGAUGUGGUACUGAAUGCCGUCUUCCACUCAUCUCCCUCCCGGAUAACACCAGGUUGUACGCGCUCCUGAGAUCCAAUUUCGUGAAGAAGCGCGCCCCAUGCAAUGACUCCGUCAUACUAGCAAUUAGAGGUAGUGGAUAGCUGUACUUAACUGGGAUCUGAUUAAGACUACCGUAGUCAAUGCACGUGUGUAAACCACCAUCCUUCUUCUUCACAAAAAAGAAACUUGAGGAGACAGGUGAAGUGGAAGGCCGAAUGUAUCCCUGCCCCAGAGAUUCGGAGACAUAUGUUUCCAUAGCCGCCGUCUCUUCCUGUGACAGAGGAUACACGUGACUCCGGGGAAGUGCAGCACCUACCUGGAGAUUUAUUGCACAAUCCCCCUGUCGAUGGGGUGGUAAUUGAGUCGGCCUCUUUUUACAGAAGGUUAGAGCCAAAUCUGCAUAUUUGGGGGGAAUGUGCAUGGUGGAGACCUGGUUUGGACUUUCCACCGUAGUUGCCCCUAUGGAAACCCCUACACACCUCCCAGAGCACUGACUUGACCAUCCCUUGAGAGCCCUCUGUUGCCAUGAAAUCGUGGGGUCAUGAGAAGUUAACCAGGGAAGCCCCAACACCAUUGGAAACGCAGGAGAAUCAAUCAGAUAGAGACUAAGUUUCUCCUCAUGACCCUCCUGAAUCCUCAUCCAGAGUGGAGCUGUGACCUCCCUAAUCAGGCCUGACUCUAAAGGGCGACUAUCUAAUGCAUGUACAAGGAAGGGCACAUCAACAGGCACAAUAGGAAUCCCUAAACGCCGUGAAAACUGACGAUCAAUAAAAUUCCCAGCUGCGCCUGAAUCUACUAGCGCCUUAUGCUGGGAAUGAGGGGAAAACUCUGGAAAUACAAUAUCAAUACACAUAUGUGCAACAGGAAGCUCUGGGUGAGUAGGGUGCCUACUCACCUGAGACGGUCUACCAGUGCUCUGCCUACUGCCUCGACUCCCGAAAACCCUCCCCAGCACCGACCAGCAGUGUGUCCUCUGCGGCCACAGUUGGUGCAGGGGACGGCCCCUCUCCCGGUCUCCCUAAGUGCAGCACCUCCGAGCUCCAUAGAAGUAGGGUCGGAGGUGCUGGGGGAUGGAAUGGACGGCCCCUGAUCCGGACGUCCGCGGGUUGCCAACAGGUUAUCCAGCCUGAUUGACAUGUCCACCAGUUGGUCCAGGUUAAGGUUGGUGUCCCUGCAGGCCAGUUCCCGACGAACGUCCUCCCUUAGGCUGCAUCGGUAGUGGUCGAUCAGGGCCCUCUCAUUCCAUCCUGCACUGGCAGCCAGAGUCCUGAAGUCCAGUGCAAAAUCCUGCGCACUCCUCUUCCCCUGUCUGAGGUGGAAUAGACAUUGGCAAACGUACUUUACUCGUAGUAAACGUAAAGAACAUAACCUCCACGCAGGGAGGAACAAACCCGCUCACCAGACGACAACCAUACAAUAACAAACACGCACAAAACACUGUGGGAGCCAGAGGGUUAAAUAGGGAAGAAAUCAAGACAUAAUGGCAAACAGGUGUGAACAAUCAGACAAAACAAGUAGAACAUAGAAACAUGGAUCGGUAGCAGCUAGUACUCCGGUGACAACGAACGCCGAAGCCUGCCCGAGCAAGGAGGAGGAGCAGCCUCGGCAGAAUCCAUGACAUUUGUGCAGUAUUAAAAAGAUUAUGCCAACCUCUCCAGUCAUGUAAAAUGACGUAGAAUUGCAUGAAAUGCAUUUAUAAAAGGCCAAUUUUUCCCGGACCCUAGGCUACUAAAUAUGUUCCCCAUGUGUGCAACUUCUGUAAGUGCCUCUACUCUACUGCUCUAUGCCCCUACGCAAGGCUGCGUUGAGACAAUGAGUUAUCAAUGACCCAAGACCAGCUCAGUUAAUCCCUACCAUUGUGUCGCUGAGUUGUCAUUAUGCUGCAGCAAAUGUACAUUAUCCCAAGGGCGUUGGCAGACACAAUGUAAGUAACUUAAUUGAUGUCCCCCUAACUUCCCUGAAUGCCUCUGUUGAUCCUACAGCUAUUGUAUGCAGUAAUCAUAUGCCUAUGAACCAGAGUCUUACUGUUAGCACUGAGGCGGUGUGCCUUAGUACGAAGUCCACUGUGUGCAGCUCACCCUGCACUAUCAGCUCAAAUAUAAAUAACAUACUUCUACUUCUGAUAAGCUCCCCAGUAAAGCAAUAAAAACAUUCAAGCAUCCCAGAAAAGUGCUAAAAAUAGCCCACAUUAACAUAUGUAGCCUAAGAAACAAGGUUCAUGAAGUCAAUAACUUGCUAGUAACAGAUGACAUUCAUAUUUUGACUAUCUCUGAAACUCACUUAGAUAAUACAUCUGAUGAUACAGUGGUAGUAAUACAUGGUUAUAACAUCUACAGAAAAGACAGAAAUGCCUAUGGGGGCGGUGUUGCGGUCUAUAUUCAGAGACACAUUCCUGUAAAGCUUAAAGAUGAUCUCAUUUUAAAUACUGUUGAAGUAAUAUGGCUACAGGUUCAUCUGCCUCACUUAAAGCCCAUUCUUGUGGGAAGCUGCUAUAGACCACUAAGUGCUAAUAGUCAGUAUCUCGAUAAUAUGUGUGAAAUGCUUGAUAAUUUAUGUGAUAUCAACAAAGAGGGAUAUCUUCUGUGUGAUUUCAAUAUUAACUGGCUUUCAUCAAGCUCAAGAAACAUUUGAGAGAACAUUACACCACACCACGCCAGGGUUAGAAUAGUGCAGAAAUUGUUGUAUGCUGAAGCAGUGAAGAGAGUGGUAGAGGAAGAUGGGUACAGGGUGAGGGAUCCUGAGAGGAUUCCUGUGAGUGGUCCUCUGUAGCUCAAUUGGUAGAGCAUGGCGCUUGUAACGCCAGGGUAGUGGGUUUGAUCCCCGGGACCACCCAUAUGUAAAAAUUUAUGCACACAUGACUGUAAGUCGCUUUGGAUAAAAGCGUCUGCUAAAUGGCAUAUUAUUAUUAGUAGGCAGAGAUCAAGAGAGAGUAAUGGGAAGAAUGUGAUUCAGUAAGGUGGGCUUUUUAGCAUUUAUAACCAUGCUUGUCAAUUGUCCUGCAGAAAUGGAUCGAAAGUCACAGAAAAUAGAGGUUGUGGUGGCAGCGGUAGAGACAACUAGAGCCUGUAGGACCUGCCUUGUCGAUAGUGUUGUUAAAAAGGCAGAGCAGCGCUUUUUUAUGGACAGACUUCUCCCCAUCUUAGCUACUGUUGUAUUAACGUGUUUUGACCAUGACAGUUUACAAUCCAGGGUUACACAAUUUUGUUCAAAAGUUUACUAUGGGUUGGUAACAGGCUGAUUGGUCGGCUUCAUGCCUAAGUUUGCUAAUUUUGCCAAUGAAAAAAUUGUUAAAGUGAUUGGCAAUAUCAGUGGGGUUUGUGAAGAAUGAGCCAUCUAAUUCAAAGGAUGAUGGAGCUGAGUUUGACUUUUUGCCCAACAUUUCAUUUAAGGUGCUCCAAAGCUUUUUACUAUCAUUCAUUAUGUCAUUUAUCCUUGUUUCAUAGUGUAGUUUCUUCUUCUUUUUAUUCAGUUUAGUCACAUGAGUUCUCAAUUUGCAGUACGUUUGCCAAUCGGUUGUGCAGCCAGACUUAUUUGCCAUUCCUUUUGCCUCAUCCCUCUCAACCAUUACAUUUUUCAAUUCCUCAUCAAUCCAUGGGGACUUAACAGUUUGUACAGUCAUUUUCAUAAUGGGUGUAUGCUUAUUAGUAACAGGAAUAAGCAAUUUCAUAAAUUUGUCAAGUGCAGCAUCUGGUUGUUCCACAGUCCAACACAUAUGUUUUACAUCAACAACAUAGGAAUCACUACAAAACUUAUUGUAUGACCUCUUAUACAUUAUAUUAGGCCCAGCAUUUGGAACUUUGGUUUUCCUAGAUAUGACUACUAUAUUGUGAUCACUACAUCCGAUGGAUUUGGAUACUGCUUUAAAGCUAAUUUCUGCAGCAUUAUUAAAGAUGUGAUCAAUACAUGUUGAUGAUUUCAUUCCUGUGCUGGUUGUAACUACCGUGGUAGGUUGACUGAUAACCUGAACCAGGUUGCAGGCACUAGUUAAAGUUUGAAGCUUUCUCUUGUGUGGGCAGCCUGAUGAAAGCCAGUCAAUAUUUAAAUCACCCAGAAAAUAUACAUCUCUGUUGAUAUUGCAUACAUUAUCAAGCAUUUCACACAUGCUAUCCAGAUACUGACUGUUAGCACUUGGUGGUCUAUAGCAGCUUCCCACCAGAAUGGGCUUUAGGUGAGGCAGAUGAACCUGUAGCCAUAUUACUUCAACAGUACAUGAGAUCCUCUCUAAGCUUUACAGAAAUGUGGUUCUGAAUAUAAACAAGUUGAGGAGACUAAAUUACUUGGUGUUACCUUAGAUCAUGUUCAAACCAUGUAGAUUCAAUGGUAAAGAUGGGGAGAGGUCUGUCCAUAGUAAAGAGAGGUUCUGCUUUUUUGACACUUUUUGACUCCACAAAGCAAGUCCUGCAGACUCUAGUUAAGCUGAAGCUGGCCCAGAACAGAGCGCCACGUCUUAAUUGUAAUCAUAGGGCUAAUAUAAAUACUAUGCAUGCCAGUCUCUCUUGGCUAAGAGUUGAGGAGAGACUGACUGCAUCUCUUAAUGUGUUGAAAAUUCCAAAUUGUUUGCAUAGUCAAUUUACGCACAGCUCUGACACACACACUUAUCCCACCAGACAUGCCACCAGGGGUCUUUUCAUAGUCCCCAAAUCCAGAACAAAUUCAAGAAAGCAUACAGUAUUAUAUAGAGCCAUUAUUAUUAACUCCUUUCCAUCUCUUAUUGCUCAAAGACCUCAUGGCACAACGCCUCUCCCCUAUUUGGCCUAGAUAUUUUGUGUGUAUGUAUUGAUAUGUAGGCUAUGUGUUCCAUUUUUAAAUGUAUGUAGUUCUGUCCUUGAGCUGUUCUUGUCUAUUAAUGUUCUGUAUUAUGGAAUAUUUCAUAUUCUGUGUGGACCCCAGGAAGAGUAGCUUUCGCAACAGCUAAUGGGGAUCCUAAUAAAAUACAAAAAAAUACCUGCCGACCUCAAUCUGCCUUUCUCUCACUGGACACCUCCGAUCUCCAGCCCCAUGAUCACCCCCACAACUAACACACACAUAGCUUUCUCCACCUAUACCACACAUUCCUUCAUCUCAUGCCCUACUGCACACUUCUCACAUCUAGGUGUCUCCCUCCUACACACUGCUGCAAUAUGCCUAUACAUUUGACAUCUAAAACACCGGAAUAUUUUCUGAACAAAAGCUCUCACGGGAUAACUGGUGACGACUCUGCAUCAAAACUAAGCAUGACAGAUAAUGUAUUUGUUUCCCCACGCUCGCCACCUGAUGUACUUCUCACCAAAUGGCAGGCGUCACAGACACCGGGAAUAUUCCAUUUCAACUGCUCCUCCUCAACACCUAAUGCCACCCCCGUUAUCACUCUUUUCAACGGUGCCCUGCUCCGAGAGCAAAGCACGUCACAAUUAUUGUCCCUAAUCUUGUAAUCCGGAGCGCCCUCUCCCUCUGGGCGGAGGAAACACAAUAAAUAAUCAUGAGUCUACUCUGAGUUAAUUUCACCAACUCAACAAUCCCCCAAAUCAUCCUUAUCAUCCUUGGGAUGAGGCCGGAACUCGGCAGUCCUCACCGUAGGUACUUCACCCUCACUCUCAACAGGUUCCAUCUCUGAACCACUUGAGCACGUAUCCCUGUUUUUGCACUUGACGCCCACCCUUCCUCACCACACUACUUCCCUCUACACUCAACUUCUUCUCAGCAGUCAUCACUGCACCUGCCACCUCAUUUAAUUCAUCCUCUCUCGUAAUGUUCCAUUUCCGCCUCAAAAUUAUUCCAAAAGUUCUGUGCGAUCAUCAAUUCCAUAUUCAGCCCGAAUUCUAAUUGAGCUGGCACCAGUUGUGAAACUGGGCUACACUGGCCCGGGUUUCCCUCGACCCAGCUCAAAUUUGGAAAUUCCAUUUGAGCCAGCUCAAAUUUGAACCUAAUUUGGCCCUAAUUUUAGGCACCAGUGGAAAUGGGGCAUUAGAUUCAUACAAUCAACAUUGCACAUUUUACAGUGAACAAUAGAGAUUAUAUUUAUCUAAAUUCAAUUUAAAUGAAUAAUACACCCAAAACCACUAAUUCCUAUGAUUUAAAGUGUUAAAUAAAGCUAAAAUAUUAUAAUAAUAUUUUUUGUGAACAAAUGUUUCAUUUUGUCAUUCUAAUAAGGUUGGGAGCAACAUGUGAAAAUCUAUUGCACUACAAAAACAAAUUUUUGCACUACAAAACCCUCUCUCUUUCUCUCUCUUGGCACGCUGGCUAUCUAGCUAGUGUAGCUAGCUAGUGUAGCUAGCUAGCUAGCUAGCAAACAUAGCUACACACAAUAAUACCAUAGUCAAAAUCAGCAUGUGAAGUAGCUAGCUAGCUGUUAAACUGCAAAAAACUGCACUAGCAAUUUAGGAGUCAACAAUCUCACCAUGUUCAACCUGGCAUUUCGUGUGUGUCUGAUGUUGCUAUUGCAACCCAAUGGCCUACAGACGCAGUCACACACACACAUAGCGAGGGGGGAGCAUACAGAUCGUAUUAAAUUACUAGAAAGGCUAUGUCAUAAACCCUCAAAGUUCCACAAUUGGGUGAAAAUGGCAGCCAUAUUGGUCAAGAAGAAAUCCUAACCAGUCUAAUUAGAAUUAAUCGCAGUAGAGGCAUAAUCCUGAUUUUACUUAUGCAGGAAAAUAAAAGUAAGGGAUGUGAUAUAUUAGAAAUUGUGUAAUAUAAUUGUUGUUAACCUAAAAUAUUGUAAUGUACCUAUAAAUAGAGUUUAUAUGGGUUUUAUACAAAUGUUCUGUAUAAAUUGCCUCUAAAAUAUACAGUGCCUUCAGAAAGUAUUCACACCCCAUAACUUUUUUUAAAUGGAUUAAAUUCAGAUUUUUUCAUUGGGCUACACACAAUACCCCAUAAUGUCAAAGUGGAAUUAUGUUUUUCUAAAUGUUUACAGAUUAAUUCAAAUAAAAAGCUGAAAUGUCUUGAGUCAAUAAGUAUUCAACCCCUUGGUUAUGGCAAGCCUAAAUAAGUUCAGGAGUAUAAAUUUGCUUAACAAGUCACAUAAUAAUUUGCAUGGACUCACUAUGUGUACAAUAAUAGUGUUUAACAUGAUUUUCGAAAGACUACCUCAUCUCUGUACACCACACAUACAAUUAUUUGUAAGGUCCCUCAGUCGAGCAGUGAAUUUCAAACACAGAUUCAUCCACAAAGACCAGGGAGGUUUUCCAAUGCCUCGCAAAGAAGGGCACCUAUUGAUAGAUGGGUAAAUAAAUAAAAACUAUAGUGAAGUUAUUAAUUACACUUUGGAUGGUGUAUCAAUACAACCAGUCACUACAAAGAUACAGGCAUCUUUCCUAACUCAGUUGCCGGAGAGAAAGGAAACCACUCAGGGAUUUCACAACUCAGGCCAAUGGUGACUUUAAAACAGUUACAGAGUUUAAUGUCUGUGAUAAGAGAAAACUGAGAAUGAAUCAACAACAUUGUAGUUACUCCACAAUACUAAGGGAUAGAUACAAAUGUACUGGGUGGGAGGGGUGGUCGAAAAUAGGGGAGGGUUGUCAAACCUUAAAUGUUUUGCUUUGAGGAGGGUUGUGUGUUUUUUUAUUGGGCACAGGGGAGGGUAGUGCGUUUACAUUUGUUUUUCUGCUCAUAUUUUCCCUAUAAACAAUGGCUUGACAUACUUUCGAUAGUACCCUAAUAACGUUUAGAAACGUUUGUGAUGGUUUGGUAUGAUGUAGCUAUUAUUAAGCUUUAGCUAAUGCAGGCCUCUGAUAUGAAGGAAGUGUGCCCCAGCGCUCCAACUGAAUCCGACAGUUAAACUUGAGGUGAGGAAGACUGUUUCAGGCCUACCAGAGUUCAUCCUAUAAUCUAACAAUAUAAUGGUUAACUAUAUACAAAAUAUUCUGAUCGAACAUUAACGAAUUAGCCUCCUUCUGUACGUCUAUAUCUGUAUAGCAGACGCAGUAGCCAUCUGACAUAAAUAAAUGCAUGGCGGUGUCAUAGCAUGCCACCGGCAUAUUUCUAUCUCUCUCUAUCUCUCUGGGGUUAGGCCUAAGCUUCUCUUCCUUUAUAUAGGCUAUAUAUAUAUAUAUUUAUUAAAAUGUUAAUAUCAUACGGUGGACACCUAAGCCUAUAGGCCUAUGAAUGAAAUGCCCUGAUACAUGUAGUGCUCAAAUCUCUGACAGCUGAACCGCGAGGUGGACAGUUAUUGUUUUAGGAAAGUAGCCUAAAAAACAAUUUUAAAAAAAUAAUCUAUAACGUUUUCCAUACGCUACACAUCGAAACACAAGGAAUAGUGUUUUUGUAAUUUGUUAUAGGCUGUUUUUAAGGACACGUAAAUGUGGCUCAUUUGGCCAAUAUCCCUCGUAUGUCGGAUCUGAAUGCAUAUGGAUGUCUGGUAAAUUAAAAUCUUCCAUGUUAUGUUGUCCAGCGCCGAAUUUUGCUGAAGGAAUUGCAUAUUGUUUUUAUGAAGAUUUUAGAAUAUUCGCAUGGAAAUCUUUCAUCAAUUGGAUGGAAACCUAGCUAGUGCGCUAGUCCAGUGUCACUUUGAUUAUGCCUGCGAAUCAUGGUUCAACAGCAGCCCCAAACAUUUAAAGAAUAAGCUACCAGCCAAACAAGCUUGGAAGAAUUUAAACUCCCCCCUCAUACUCAUCUGGAGGUUGAGCAUUAUUUUGUCUCUAUCUAUGUAAUGUGUCUGUAUCUAUGUAAUGCGUCUGUAUCUAUGUAAUGCGUCUGUAUCUAUGUAAUGUGUCUGUAUCUAUGUAAUGUGUCUGUAUCUAUGUAAUUAUGUAUGUAUUUAAGUUUUUUUUAAAUAGGGACCACAAUGGAAAUAAGUCCCUGACUUUAUUGUGCAAUACCGGUCACUUUUUAAAAUCUUUGUGUAUAUAUGUCUUUUUAUUCUGACAAAUAAAAUCAAUCAAUCAAUCCAAACUAUGCAGCCAGCGGCCAAUUGAUGAAUGGAAAGAGACAUCUGUUAGAAAACACCAAACAUUUGAAUGACAUUCAGAGAUUGUCAAGCCAAGCCUUCUAUACAGGGUAAGCCUACAGUGGGGAAAAAAGGUUUUUAGUCAGCCACCAAUUGUGCAAGUUCUCCCACUUAAAAAGAUGAGAGUGUCAUGCCCUGGCUCUGGGGACACUUGUAUGUUGAGCCAGGGUGUGAGUUUCAUUUGUAUUCUAUGUGUUCCAUUUCUAUGUUGGCCAGUGUGGUUCUCAAUCAGAGGCAACGAGUGUCAGCUGUGGCUGGUUGUCUCUGAUUGGGAACCACAUUUAAACAAGCUGUUUGCCCACAGUGGUUGUGGGAUCUUGUUCUAGUUGGUUUGUGUUUGACCGUUGACUGUCACGUUAUCGUUUUUGUUGUUUUGGUCGUGUAUCGCUAAUAAAGAGUAUGUUCGUCUGCAACGCUGCGCCUUGGUCCUCAUCUGUUCCCGACGAUCGUGACAGAAGAUCCCACCAAAACUGGACCAAGCAGCGUGUCCAGGAGCCAUCGCCAGGGGAGUCGCUAGCAGAUCUCCGUGGCAACCUCGACUGGGUCAAGCCUAAUGAAGAGCAGAGAGGGUGGACUUGGGAACAGUGGAGGAAGAGUCUCGACUGGGUCAAGCCAAAUGAGGAGCAGAAUGGCUGGAGUUGGAAGCAGAAGAGCGAGAGUUGGGCGAGAACUAUAGAGGCCUGGCCCACGGGGAAGAGAGACCCCCAGAAUUUUUUUUGGGGGGGGCUCACGGCGUGGACGUCGGGGCAGCAGGAGGCCGCGAUAGAGCGGUCCAGCGGGUUGGCAGAGGAGGCCGCCAGGUUACGGGGGCCACUGGUCAAAGAAGGGAAGGAAGGUGUAGAGGCACGGCGAGAGGUACUGGGGUGUGUUACCAGUCCGGUCCGGCCCGUUCCAGAUCCCGGUGUAGGGCCAGUGGUGUGUGUCCCCAGUACGGUCCGGUCUGUUCCUGCCCCUCGCACCAAGCCUACGGUGCGCAUCGCCAGCCCAGCCCGGCCUGUUCCUGCUCUCCGCACCAAGCCUAUGGUGCGCGUCGCCAGCCCAGCCCGGCCUGUUCCUGCUCCCCGCACCAAGCCUAUGGUGCGCUUCGCCAGCCCGGCCCGGCCUGUUCCUGCUCCCCGCACCAAGCCUAUGGUGCGCGUCGCCAGCCCGGUCCGGCCUGUUCCUGCCACUCGCACCAAGCCAGGGGUGCGAGUCGUCAGCCCGGUCCAGCCCGUUCCUGCUCUACGCACCAAGCCAGGGGUGCGUAUCGUCAGCCCGGCCCGGCCCGUUGCUGCUCCACGCACUAAGCCAGGGGUGCGCAUCGUCAGCCCGGUCCGGUCCGUUCCUGCUCCACGCACCAAGCCAGGGGUGCGCAUCGUCAGCCCGGUCCGGCCCGCUCCUGCUUCCCGCACCAAGCCAAUGGUGCGCGUCGCCAGCCCGGUUCGGCCCGCUCCUGCUCCUCACACCAAGCCAGUGGUGUGCGUCGCCAGUCCAGCACGGCCCGUGCCUGUUCUCCACACCAAGCCAGUGGUGGGCGUCGUCAGUCCGGCACGGCCCGUGCCUGUUCCACUGGUGCCUGGUCCGGCACCGGUCAGAUGCGUUACGCCGGAGCUAGAGCAAUCCGCUCCAUCAGUGUGCAGUCCAGCUCCGGCCAGCGGGGCCAGACCGGACCAGGGGUACUUUGGGGGGUUGGAGAGGGAGUGGGGAUCAGGCCCGGCGCCGGAUCCGCCGCCAAGGCGGAGUGCCCACCCGGUCCCUCCCCUGUGGUAUUUAGUUGGCGCGGUCGGAGUCCGCGCCUUUAGGGGGGGGUACUGUCACGCCCUGGCUCUGGGGACACUUGUAUGUUGAGCCAGGGUGUGAGUUUCAUUUGUAUUCUAUGUGUUCCAUUUCUAUGUUGGCCAGUGUGGUUCUCAAUCAGAGGCAACGCGUGUCAGCUGUGGCUGGUUGUCUCUGAUUGGGAACCACAUUUAAACAAGCUGUUUGCCCACAGUGGUUGUGGGAUCUUGGUCUAGUUGGUUUGUGUUUGACCGUUGACUGUCACGUUAUCGUUUUUGUUGUUUUGGUCGUGUAUCGCUAAUAAAGAGUAUGUUCAUCUGCAACGCUGCGCCUUGGUCCUCAUCUGUUCCCGACGAUCGUGACAGAGAGAGGCCUGUCAUUUUCAUCAUAGGUACACGUCAACUAUGACAAACAAAUUGAGAAGAAAAAAAAUCCAGAAAAUCACAUUGUAGGAUUUUUUAUGAAUUUAUUUGCAAAUUAUGGUGGAAAAUAAGAAUUUGGUCACCUACAAACAAGCAAGAUUUCUGGCUCUCACAGACCUGUAACUUCUUCUUUAAGAGGCUCCUCUGUCCUCCACUCGUUACCUGUAUUAAUGGCACCUGUUUGAACUUGUUAUCAGUAUAAAAGACACCUGUCCACAACAUCAAACAGUCACACUCCAAACUCCACUAUGGCCAAGACCAAAGAGCUGUCAAAGGACACCAGAAACAAAAUUGUAGACCUGCACCAGGCUGGGAAGACUGAAUCUGCAAUAGGUAAGCAGCUUGGUUUGAAGAAAUCAACUGUGGGAGCAAUUAUUAGGAAAUGGAAGACAUACAAGACCACUGAUAAUCUCCCUCGAUCUGGGGCUCCACGCAAGAUCUCACCCCGUGGGGUCAAAAUGAUCACAAGAACGGUGAGCAAAAAUCCCAGAACCACACGGGGGGACCUAGUGAAUGACCUGCAGAGAGCUGGGACCAAAGUAACAAAGCCUACCAUCAGUAACACACUACGCCGCCAGGGACUCAAAUCCUGCAGUGCCAGACGUGUCCCCCUGCUUAAGCCAGUACAUGUCCAGGCCUGUCUGAAGUUUGCUAGAGUGCAUUUGGAUGAUCCAGAAGAGGAUUGGGACAAUGUCAUAUGGUAACGAAGGAGUAGCUUCGUAAGAAGCAUUUCAAGGUCCUGGAGUGGCCUAGCCAGUCUCCAGAUCUCAACCCCAUAGAAAAUCUUUGGAGGGAGUUGAAAGUCCGUGUUGCCCAGCGACAGCCCCAAAACAUCACUGCUCUAGAGGAGAUCUGCAUGGAGGAAUGGGCCAAAAUACCAGCAACAGUGUGUGAAAACCUUGUGAAGACUUACAGAAAACGGUUGACCUGUGUCAUUGCCAACAAAUGGUAUAUAACAAAGUAUUGAGAAACUUUUGUUAUUGACCAAAUACUUAUUUUCCACCAUAAUUUGCAAAUAAAUUCUUUAAAAAUCCUACAAUGUGAUUUUCUGGAAUUUACUCAUUUUGUCUGUCAUAGUUGACGUGUAGCUAUGAUGAAAAUUACAGGCCUCUCUCAUCUUUUUAAGUGGGAGAACUUUGUCAGAAGGCGAUGGUGAAAUGCGGUAGGCAAAGUCAAACGCAGGACACAGAGCUUACUGGAAACGUACUUUACUUGAAAGUAACCAGAGAAGAAAACCAUCUCCAUACAAGGAGGAAAACAACCCGCACACUAACACUGCCGAAGAUGAAUACAAUAACACACAACACACAAUGCACGACAGAAAGUUAAAUAGGGGAAACAAUACAACAUAAUGGGGAACAGGUGUACACAAUCAGGACAAAACAAGUCAAACACCGAAACAUAGAUCGGUGGCAGCUAGUACUCCGGAGACGACGAACGCCGAAACCUGCCCGAGCAAGGAGGAGGAGCAGCCUCGGCUGAUUCCGUGACAGUACCCCCCCCCCCCCUUGACGCGCGGCUCCAGCCGUGCGCCGACCCCGGCCUCGGGGAUGGCCAGGAGGACGCGGAGCAGGGCGAGUCGGAUGACUCCGGUGGAAGUCCCUCAACAUGGAGGGAUCUAGAAUGUCCCUCCUGGGGACCCAGCACCGUUCCUCCGGACCGUACCCCUCCCACUCCACGAGAUACUGCAGGCCCCCCAUCCGACGCCUCGAAUCCAAGAUGGAACGGACUGAGUACGCCGGAGCCCCCUCGAUGUCCAACGGGGGUGGAGGAGCCUCUCGUACCUCAUUCUCCUGGAGUGGACCAGCCACCACCGGCCUGAGGAGAGACACAUGGAACGAGGGGUUAAUGCGAUAAUACCUGGGCAGUUGUAACCUAUAACAUACCUCGUUCAAUCUCCUCAGGACUUUAAAGGGCCCCACAAACCGCCGACCCAGCUUCCGGCAGGGCAGGCGAAGGGGCAGGUUUCGGGUCGAGAGCCAGACCCGGUCUCCUGGUGCAUACACCGGAGCCUCACUGCGGUGACGAUCGGCGCUCGCCUUUUGCCGCCUGAUGGCACGCUGCAGAUGGACAGGCGCAGCGUUCCAAGUUUCCUCCGAGUGCCGAAACCACUCGUCCACCGCAGGGGCUUCGGUCUGGCUCUGAUGCCAAGGUACCAGAACCGGCUGAUAACCUAACACACACUGGAAAGGCGUCAGGUUAGUGGACGAAUGGCGGAGGGAGUUUUGGGCUAUCUCUGCCCAGGGAAUAUAUCCCGACCACUCCUCUUGCCGGUCCUGGCAAUAUGACCUCAGAAACCUACCCACAUCCUGGAUAACUCUCUCCACCUGCCCAUUACUUUCGGGGUGAAAACCUGAGGUAAGGCUAAUCGAGACCCCCAGACGUUCCAUAAAUGCCCUCCAGACUCUAGAGGUGAACUGGGGACCCCGAUCAGACACUAUAUCCUCAGGCACCCCGUAGUGCCGGAAGACGUGUGUAAACAUGGCCUCAGCAGUUUGUAGGGCAGUAGGGAGACCUGGCAGGGGAAUGAGACGGCAGGCUUUAGAAAACCGAUCCACAACGACCAAGAUCGUAGUGUUCCCCUGGGAGGGGGGAAGUCCGUGACAAAAUCCACCGAUAGGUGAGACCACGGCCGUUGUGGAACGGGUAGGGGUUGUAACUUCCCCCUGGGCAGGUGUCUAGAUGCCUUACACUGGGCGCACACCGAGCAGGAGGAAACAUAAACCCUCACGUCCUUGGCUAAGGUUGGCCACCAGUACUUCUCACUAAGGCAGUGCACUGUCCGACCAAUGCCAGGAUGACCAGAGGAGGAUGACGUGUGAGCCCAGUAUAUCAACCGGUCGCGAACCUCGAGCGGCACGUACCUCCGACCCUCUGGACACUGUGGAGGAGUAGGGUCGGAACGUAACGCCCGCUCGAUUUCCGCAUCCACCUCCUACACCACCGGUGCCACUAAACAAGACUCCGGGAGUAUGGGAGUGGGCUCAAUGGACCUCUCCUCUGUGUCAUAUAGUCGAUACAGGGCGUCUGCCUUAGCGUUCUGGGACCCUGGUAUAUAGGUGAGCUUAAAUACAAAGCGGGAAAGAAACAUUGACCACCUUGCCUGGCGAGGAUUCAGCCUCCUCGCUGCCCGGAUGUACUCCAGGUUACGAUGGUCAGUCAGAAUGAGAAAAGGGUGUUUAGCCCCCUCAAGCCAAUGUCUCCACACCUUCAGGGUUUGAACCACAGCCAGCAGCUCCCUAUCCCCCACGUCAUAAUUGCGCUCCGCCGGACUGAGCUUCUUAGAAUAGAAAGCACAGGGGCGGAGUUUAGGUGGUGUACCCGAGCGCUGAGACAGCACAGCGCCGAUCCCAGCCUCGGAAGCGUCCACCUCCACCUGGAAUGCCGAGGUAAACAGGUCCUUCAGACGUUUAAACGCCCUGUCCGCCUCAGCUGACCACUGCAGGUGCACCGGACCCCCCUUUAGCAGAGAGGUAAUGGGAGCUGCUACCUGUCCAAAGCCCCGGAUAAACCUCCGGUAGUAAUUGGCAAAACCCAAGAAGCGCUGCACCUCCUUUACCGUGGUUGGAGUCUGCCAAUUACGCACGGCAGAAACGCGGUCAAUCUCCAUCUCUACCCCUGACGCGGACAACCGAUGUCCCAGGAAGGAGAUGGACUCCUGGAAGAACAGACAUUUCUCCGCCUUCGCAUACAGGUCAUGCUCCAACAGUCUACCAAGCACUCGACGCACCAGGGACACAUGCUCGGCUCGUGUAGCGGAAUAUAUUAGAAUGUCAUCAAUAUAUACCACAACACCCUGUCCAUGCAAGUCCCGGAAAAUCUCGUCCACAAAUGAUUGGAAGACUGAAGGAGCAUUCAUUAACCCGUAUGGCAUGACGAGGUACUCAUAGUGACCCGAGGUGGUACUGAAUGCUGUCUUCCACUCAUCUCCCUCCCUAAUGCGCACCAGGUUGUACGCGCUCCUGAGAUCCAAUUUUGUGAAGAAUCGCGCCCUGUGUAUUUGAUGGUGAUCUGAUUUAGACCACGGUAAUCAAUACACGGGCGUAAACCCCCAUCCUUCUUCUUCACAAAAAAUAAACUCGAGGAAGCAGGGGAAGUAGACGGCUGUAUGUAACCCUGUCUCAAAGAUUCGGUGACGUAGGUUUCCAUAGCGGCCGUCUCCUCCUGAGACAGAGGAUACACGUGACUAUGUGGAAGCGCAGCGCCUACCUGGAUGUCUAUCGCACAAUCCCCCUGUCGAUGAGGUGGUAAUUGAGUCGCCUUCUUCUUACUGAAGGCGAGAGCCAAAUUGGCAUACUCAGGUGGAAUAUGCAAGGUGGGAACUUGGUUCGGGCUUUCCACCGUCGUUGCCCCUACGGAAACGCCUACACACCGCCCAGUACACUGAUCAGACCAUCCCUGGAUAGCUCUCUGCUGCCAUGAAAUGUUGGGGUCAUGAGCGGUUAACCAGGGAAGCCCCAACACCACGGGGAAUGCAGGAGAAUCAAUCAAAUACAAACGUACUAUCUCCUCAUGACCCUCCUGCGUUUUCAUCCGGAGAGGCGCCGUGACCUCCCUAAUCAACCCAGACCCCAACCGGCGGCUAUCUAGGGCAUGAAUGGGGAAGGGCACAUCAACAGGUACGAUAGGAAUCCCUAACUUAUAGGUGAACUGGCGAUCAAUGAAAUUCCCAGCUGCGCCUGAAUCUACUAGCGCCUUAUGCUGGGAGUGAGGAGAAACCUCGGGAAACACCACUUUAAUACACAUAUGAUCAGCAGAGAGCUCUGGGUGAGUUGGGUGCCUACUCACCUGGAAUGACUCAUCAGUGCGUCGCCCACUGCCUUGAUUCCUAGGAGGCCCUCCCCAGCACCGACCAGCAGUGUGUCCUCUGCGGCCACAGUUGGUGCAGGGGACGGCCUCCCUCCUGGUCUCCCUCCUGGUCUCCCUAGCACCAGCACCCCCGAGCUCCAUAGGGGUCGGCUCGAAAGUGCUGGGGGAUGGAAUGGACGGCCGAGAAUCCGGAUGUCCGCGGGUAACCAACAGGGUAUCCAGGCGAAUCGACAUGUCCACCAGUUGGUCAAAGCUGAGGUUGGUGUCCCUGCAGGCUAAUUCCUGACGCACGUCCUCCCUCAGGCUGCAUCUGUAGUGGUCAAUGAGGGCCCUCUCAUUCCAUCCCGUGUUGGCUGCUAGCGUCCGGAAGUCCAGCGCGAACUCCUGCGCGCUCCUCCUCCCCUGUCUAAGGUGGAAUAGACGCUCACCCGCCGCUUUACCCUCUGGGGGAUGAUCGAAUACUGCCCGGAAGCGGCGGGUGAACUCCGCAUAGCUGACCGUAGCGGCGUCUAUCCCACCCCAUUCGGCGUUAGCCCAUUCCAGCGCCUUGCCGGACAGACAGGAGAUGAGGGCAGACACGCUCUCGUAUCCCGAGGGCGCCGGGUGAAUGGUUGCUAGGUAGAGUUCAACCUGGAGUAGGAAACCCUGACACCCGGCCGCGGUGCCAUCAUAAGCCCUCGGGAGCGAGAGCCGAAUCCCUCUGGACUCCGGAGAUGGACCGAUGGGUAUGGCUGAUGGUGGUGGUAUCGUAGGAUGAGGUGUGGGCAAACCUCCACUCUCCCAUCGCCUCAAGGUGUCCAUCACCCCUUGGAUGGUGGUGCCCAGGUGCUGGAUCACGGCCUCUUGUUGGGUUACACGCUCCUCCAGUGCUCCCCUGAGCGCGGACGAUCCUGCUGACUCCAUCGGAAGGUGUGUUAUUCUGUCAGAAGGCGACGGUGAAAUGCGGUAGGCGAAGUCAAACGCAGGACACAGAGCUUACUGGAAACGUACUUUACUUGAAAGUAACCAGAGAAGAAAACCAUCUCCAUACAAGGAGGAAAACAACCCGCACACUAACACUGCCGAAGACUAAUACAAUAACACACAACACACAAUGCACGACAGAGGGUUAAAUAGGGGAAACAAUACAACAUAAUGGGGAACAGGUGUACACAAUCAGGACAAAACAAGUCAAACACCGAAACAUAGAUCGGUGGCAGCUAGUACUCCGGAGACGACGAACGCCGAAACCUGCCCGAGCAAGGAGGAGGAGCAGCCUCGGCUGAUUCCGUGACAACUUGCACAAUUGGUGGCUGACUAAACACUUUUUUUCCCCACUGUACAAGGUAGGGAGGGAUGUACAGUUCAUUUGGAAAGUAUUCAGACCCCUUGACUUUUUCCACAUUUUGUUACGUUACAGCCUUAUUCUAAAAUUGAUUAAAUCGUUUUUUCCCUUCAUCAAUCUAUAUUCAAUACCCCAUAAUGACAAAGCAAAAACAGGUUUUUAGAAAAAUGUGCACAUUUAUUAAACAUAAAAAAAUGAAAUAUUACAUUUACAUACGUAUUCAGACCCUUUACUCUGGAGCAGGUUUUUUUCAAGGAUCUCUCUAUAAUUUGCUCCGUUCAUCUUUCCCUCAUUCCUGACUAGUCUCCCAGUGCCUGCCGCUGAAUAACAUCCCCACAGCAUGAUACUGCCACCACCAUGCUUCACCGUGCCAGGUUUCCCCCAGACGUGACAUUUGAAUUCAGGCCAAAGAGUUCAAUCUUGGUUUUAUCAUACCAGAGAAUCUUGUUUCUCAUGGUCUAAGAGUCCUUCAGGUGCCUCUUGACAAACUCCAAUUGGGCUGUCAUGUGCCUUUUACUGAGGAGUGGCUUCCGUCUGGCCACUCUACCAUAAAGGCCUGAUUGAUGGAGUGCUGCAGAGAUGGUUGUCCUUCUGGAAGGUUCUCCCAUCUCCACAGAGGAACUCUGGAGCUCUGUAAGAGUGACCAUCGGGUUCUUGGUCACCUCCCUGACCAAGGCCCUUCUCCUCCGAUUGCUCAGUUUGGCCGGGAGGCCAGCUUUAGGAAGAGUCUUGGUGGUUCCAAACUUCUUUCAUUUAAGAAUGAUGAUCUCAUAGCAAAGGGUCUUAAUACUUAUUUAAAUUUGCAAAAAUGUCUAAAAACCUGUUUUCACUUUGUCAUUAUGGGGUAUUGUGUGUAGAUUGAUGAGAAAAAUAAAUCAUUUAAUCAAUAUUAUAAUAAGGCUGUUUACAUUUGCACAUUUUUCUAAAAACGUGUUUUUGCUUUGUCAUUAUGGGGUAUUGAAUAUAGAUUGAUGAAGGGAAAAAACUAUUUAAUCAAUUUUAGAAUAAGGCUGUAACGUCACAAAAUGUGCAAAAAGUCAAGGGGACUGAAUACUUUCCGAAUGCACUGUUUUUCUGCUUGUCGAGAUUGAAAUAGUCUAUUUAUUGUGGUGUUGAAAACGCAAACCAUGAUAUUGAAGUGCCCGAAGUCGGCUUUGUUUAUUGGUUGUGUGGUGCAUUGGCACAGAAGCCUUUGAUGCAUAUAUUUUAUAUAAUUAUAAAUAUGAAAUCAAAAUGUUGAAAAUCUGAUUUCCCACUAGCUGAUCAUUGUCUGCAGCCGGCUCUGAUCGUAGUGUAAUAAAACAGGCAGAGAGAGUGAGCUCGUCUGUGGUGGUCGGCGAACCCCCAAACUUCUGGCCCGUAGCCCUGCGUGGCAUCGACUGUGCCACGAAAGCAUGCUGAAGUGGCUAAAUCGAUAUACACGUUUAUAAACACAGGGUCACUACAGUUAUUGUUAUUUUUGGUCGUAAAUAUUAUUUUGAAUUAAUUAUAUGACGGGGGAGGGUGUUCAAUUUAUUUGACUGUAUAAGGGGAGGAUCAUGUGAAAAUAUAUUUUACUUUGGGGGGGGGGCAUAUUUUUGUAUGACACCUUGAGUUGGACAAGCCCCUCCCCCCCAGUAAAUUUCGAUCUGUCCCUAACCUAAUUGACAGAGUGAAAAGAAGGUAGCCUGUACAGAAUAAAAAUAUUCCAAAUCAUGCAUCCUGUUUGCAACAAGGCCCUAAAGUAAUAUUGCAAAAAAUGUGGCAAAGCAAUACAUUUUUUGUCUUGAAUACAAAGUGUUAUUUUUGGGGCAAAUCCACAAAAAAAGUAAAAAUAAAAUUCUAACAAUAAUUAUUGUUGUUGUAUUGUCACAUACACCGGAUAGGUACAGUGAAAUGUUUUUUUUUUUUUCAGGGUCAACCAUAGUAGUAUGGCGCAUACAACACAUUACUGAGUACCACUCUCCAUAUUUUCAAGCAUAGUGGUGGCUGCAUCAUGUUAUGGGUAUGCUGGGGAGUUUUUCAGGAUUAAAAAAGAAAUGGAAUAGAGCUAAGCACAGGCAAAAUCCUAGAGAAAUACCUGUCUGCUUUCCACCAAACACUGGGAGAUUAAUUCACAUUUCAGCAGGACAAUAACCUAAAAUACAAGGCCAACUCUACGCUUGAGUUGCUUACCAAGACGACAUUGAAUAUUCCUGAGUGGCCGAGUUACAGUUUUGACUUAAAUCUACUUGAAAAUCUAUGGCAAGACCUGAAAAUAAUUGUCUAGCAAUGAUCAACAACCAAUUUGACAGAGCUUGAAGAAGUUUAAAAAGAAUAAUGGGCAUAAUUGCACAAUCCAGCUGUGGGAAGCUCUUAGACACUUACCCAGAAAGACUCACAACUGUAAACACUGCCAAAGGUGCUUCCACAAAGUAUUGACUCAGGGGUGUGAAUACAUAUAUCAAUGAGAUAUUUCUGUAUUUCAUUUUCAAUAUAUAGUUUUCACUUUGUCAUUAUGGGGUAUCGUGUGUAGAUCGGUGAGAAAAUAUAUAUAUUUAAUCAAUUUUGAAUUCAGGCUGUAACACAACAAAAUUUGGAAUAAGUCAAGGGUAUAAAUACUUUCUGACUAUAAAUGUCUAUAUUUUUGUUUUCUUGGAAAGCUGUUGCAUUUAAACAAUUUAUGGAAUAUUUCCUCUAAAACUGGCUGGCUAGCUAGCUAAAAAACAUACAGUGCAGAUAAAAUCUUCAAGUUAAUUAUUUUAAACAAUAUCUUAUCACAGCACUGGCAAACCAUGGUUGACCAUUUCCCUGACCAAAAUGGCUGACCUUUCUCCCAUCAUAAGAAGAUUCAUGUCCAUUCUAGUAUUUUAAUUCCUAAUUCUAUGGGGUAGAGUAGAAAAUUGUGUUUCGUGAUGGUAGUUGAAUAAUUUGUUCCAAAAAAUAUAUACUUUCUCAUGCAAUAUAGACGGAUGGAGGUGUUCAAGACAAUUAUGCCCAUACCAUAUUGGCUGAUAUGGCAAUCAGGAGUGCAGGUAAUUAAAAAGUGUUAUGAAAUGUGAUAGUUUUUUAUUCCCUAACUCAUUGACGAGAACCUUAUUGUGAUGAUGUGGCACAACAUGAUUUCAGAGAUGGACCACUUUAAGGAGAAUUUAGCUUUUUUUCAACCAAAUCUCAAUUUUUGAUAUAAAUAGCAUGUUAUAGAAGGGUCUAGACACUCCAAAAAAUUAAAAUGAUUUCACUUUUUUUUUUACGAACCCCCAACCAGUGAUACACUGAAAAAACAUGAACAAAGGCUCCAAAAACACCCAAAUACUGUACGUCCUUUUAGAAACUGAAAAUCUCUCAGGAUAUUGAUGCAGGUCUUUACAUGUUGUACACAUGUAAUUGUGUCAUUCAAACUUUAUCCGCCAAAUUUACAGAAUUUUAAUUCUCGACUUGAUUAUCCCAAUAAAGGUUUUGCAAACCAGGUUAAAAAUGAUCUUAUACUAUUUUGUAAAUGUUUUAUGCAAAUAAAAGUAUUCUUGUUUUUAAAUCAUACAUGUGUUUGUGUGUGUGUGUUUAAGGGUGCAGUCAAGCGGGAAGGCAAAGGAGAAGGUGAAGAAAGAGGCCCUGGAUCUUUGUCUGAAGUAUGGCUUCGUGACUACUCUCACCUCCAUGGUGGUCACCAAGCCCCAGGGAGAGGACUCACAGGUGGCCCACAAGCCCAAGGAGGGGGAGAAGCCCUCAGGAUCCAGGCAAGGCUUCUCUGGGUCAAGCUUCCAGUUCAUGAGUGGCCAACCUGGAUUCCCCGGUGAGCAUAACUACCAUCAUCAACACACUCACACGCACGCACACAAGCACACCCACACUCAUGCACACACCAUAGGUAUACACACACACACGUAUGUGCGCACGCAUACAAACACAUACUGUCUACAACAGUGAAUGACAAUUACUGUAUGGUGUGAGUCAAUGGAGUAAAUAAAAGAGCAAAGACUGUCAAUCUAUAAACUUAAUAUUAAAACCUGUAUAUUGACUUUAAAUACACUACAUGACCAAAAGUGUGUGGACACCUUCUCGUCGAACAUCUCAUUCCAAAAUCAUGGGCAUUAAUAUGGAGUUGGUCCCCCUUUUGCUUCUAUAACAGCCUCCACUCUUCUGGGAAGGCUUUCCACUAGAUGUUGGAACAUUGCUGCGGGGACUUGCUUCCAUUCAGCCACAAGAGCAUUAGUGAGGUCGAGCAGUGAUGUUGGGCGAUUUGGCCUGGCUCGCAGUUUGCGUUCCAAUUCAUCCCAAAGGUGUUCGAUGGGGUUGAGGUCAGGGCUCUGUGCAGGCCAGUCAAGUUAUUCCACACCGAUCUCGACAAACCAUUUCUGUAUGGAUCUCGCUUUGUGCACGGGAGAAUUGUCAUGCUGAAACAGGAAAGGGCCUUCCUUAAACUGUUGCCACAAAGUUGGAAGCACAGAAUCGUCUAGAAUGUCUUGUAUGCUGUAGCAUUAAGAUAUACCUUCACUGGAACUAAGGCGCCUAGCCUGAACCAUGGAAAACAGCCCCAGACCAUUAUUCCUCCUCCAUCAAACUUUACAGUUGGCAUUAUGCAUUUGGGCAGGUAGCGUUCUCCUGGCAUCCGCCAAACCCAGAUUCUUCUGUCGAACUGCCAGAUGGUGAAGCGUGAUUCAUCACUCCAGAGAACGCAUUUCCACUGUUCCAGAUUCCAAUGGCGGCGGUUGGUUCAACCGACGCUUGGCAUUGCGCAUGGUGGACUUAGGCUUGUGUGCGGCUGCUCUGCCAUGGAAACCCAUUUCAUGAAGCUCCCGAAGAACAGUUCUUGUGCUGAUGUUGCUUCCAGGGGCAGUUUGGAACUCAGUAGUGAGUGUUGCAACCGAGGACAGACGAUUUUUACACACUACACGCUGCAGCACUCGGCGGUCCCGUUCUGUGAGCUUGUGUAGCCCACCACUUUGCGGCUGAGCUGUUGCUCCUAGACGUUUCCACUUCCCAAUAACAGCACAUACAGUUGACAGAGGCAACUCUAGCAGGGCAGAAAUUUGACAAAGUGACUUGUUGGAAAGGUGGCAUCCUAUGAACGUACCUGAGCUCUUCAGUCAGGCCAUUCUACUGACAAUGUUUGUCUAUGGAGAUCGCAUGGCUGUGUGCUCGAUUUUCUUCACCUGUCAGCAAUGGGUGUGGCUAAAAUAGCCAAAUCCACUAAUUUGAAGGGGUGUCCACAUACUUUUGUAUAUAUAUUGUAUGUUUUCUGUUUACCAGGGCACCCUGCACAGCCAUUGCCAGAUUAUGGUGGUAAAACUAUAAAGAAGGUUGACGACAUCCGAUCCUCAUUUAUUAAGUCAAAUGACAACGCUGGUCCUGCUCACACUGCCCUAGCCUAUGCUUUGACUUCUUUCUCCCCUCUCUCUCCAGAUGAUAUCUUGCGACUUAUGACGGCCGGCCGCCCAACAACCUGCCUGCUUGACCCUAUCCCCUCCUCUCUUCUCCAGACCAUUUCCGGAGACCUUUUCCAUUACUUCACCUCGCUCAUCAACUCAUCCUUGAACGCUGGCUAUGUCCCUUCCAUUUUCAAGAGGGCGAGAGUUGCACCCCUCCUCAAAAAACCUACUCUCGAUCCCUCCGAUGUCAACAACUACAGACCAGUAUCCCUUCUUUCUUUUCUCUCCAAAACUCUUGAGCGUGCCGUCUCUAGCCAACUCUCCUGCUAUCUCUCUCAGAAUUACCUUCUUGAUCCUAACCAGUCAGGUUUCAAGACUGGUCAUUCAACUGAGACUGCUCUUCUCUGUGUCACGGAGGCUCGACCGAGUACGACCCUACCUUACACAGAAAGCGGCACAGGUCCUAAUCCAGGCACUUGUCAUCUCCCGUCUGGAUUACUGCAACUCGCUGUUGGCUGGGCUCCCUGCUUGUGCCAUUAAACCCCUGCAACUUAUCCAGAAUGCUGCAGCCCAUCUGGUGUUCAACCUUCCCAAGUUCUCUCACGUCACCCCACUCCUCCGCACACUCCACUGGCUUCCAGUUGAAGCUCGCAUCUACUACAAAACCAUGGUGCUUGCCUACGGAGCUGUGAGGGGAACGGCACCUCCUUACCUUCAGGCUCUGAUCAGACCCUACACCCAAACGAGGGCACUACGUUCAUCCACCUCUGGCCUGCUAGCCCCCCUACCUCUACGGAAGCACAGUUCCCGCUCAGUCCAGUCAAAGCUAUUCGCUGCUCUGGCACCCCAAUGGUGGAACAAGCUCCCCCACGAUGCCAGGACAGCGGAGUCACUGACCACCUUCAGAGACACUUGUAACCCUACCUCUUUAAGGAAUACCUGGAAUAGUAUUAGUAAUCCUUCUACCCCCCCUUUACUACCACUGUCUUUUGUCUAAACUAAAACCUGACUUAUUUCACCUGCUAGCACUGACUUGUUUAAAGAAAUGUACUUAUUGUGAUCGAGAUGUAGUUGUCCCUGAUUGCACUGACUUUGCUCACAGCUGCUUGUUUGAAGAAGUCUACAUACUGGCUCUGUCGCAGCCGGCCGCGACCGGGAGACCCAUGGGCGGCGCACAAUUGGCCCAGCGUCGUCCAGGGUAGGGGAGGGAAUGGCCGGCAGGGAUGUAGCUCAGUUGAUAGAGCAUGGCGUUUGCAACGCCAGGGUUGUGGGUUCGAUUCCCACGGGGGGCCAGUAUAAAAAUAAAUAAAAAUGUAUUCACUAACUGUAAGUCGCUCUGGAUAAGAGCGUCUGCUAAAUGACUAAAACGUAAAUGUAAAUGUACUGUGAUCAAGAUGUCGUUGUCCCACUGGCUAUCCUAAGUUGAAUGCACCAAUUUGUAAGUCGCUCUGGAUAACAGCGUCUGCUAAAUGACUUAAAUGUAAAUGUAAAACAAAUACCCUACCCCUAAUUUUAAUCUUCAAUCUUCGCUGGGAUAUUCACUUUAGGAUUUCCGGAAAACCAGGGAAUUUUGGGAAAUUUUUCAACCCUUACUUCUAUUAGUCCAUACUGUACUGUACAUACAUGGCAAAAAAAUUGAUCAAAAGGAAAUAUGUUUUGAAGUGUCUGAAAUGCAUCUGAGAGCUAUAGUAAAGCCCAGGAAAACAUCAGGGAUGGAAAAAAAUCUAUAAUUGUGUAUGAUAUUAUACAGUGCUAUGAAAAAGUAUUUGCCCCCUUUCUAAUUUUCUCUACUUGUGCAUAUUUGGGAUGCUGAAUGUUAUCAGAUAUUCAACCAAAACCUAAUAUUAGAUAAAGGGAACAUAAGUGAACAAAUAACACAACAAUUACAUAUUUAUUUCAUUUAUUUCAUAAACAAAGUUAUGCAACACCCAAUUCCCCUGUGUGAAAAAGUAAUUGCCCCCUUACACUCAAUAACUGGUUGUGCCACCUUUAGCUGCAAUGACUCCAACCAAAUGCUUCCUGUAGUUGUUGAUCAGUCUCUCACGUCGCUGUGGAGGAAUUUUGGCACACUCUUCCAUGCAGAACUGCUUUAACUCAGUGACGUGUGGGUUUUCAAGCAUGAACUGCUCGUUUCAAGUCCUGCCACAACAUCUCAAUUGGGAUUAGGUCUGGACUUUGACUAGGCCAUUCCAAAACUUCCAAUUUGUUGCGUUUUAGCAAUUUUCAUGUAGACUUGAUUGUGUGUUUUGGAUCAUUGUCUUGCUGCAUGACCCAGCUGCGCUUCAGCUUCAGCUCACAGACGGAUGGUCUGACAUUCUCCUGUAGAAUUCUCUGAUACAGAGCAGAAUUCAUGGUUCCUUCUAUUAAGUCAAGUCGUCCAGGUCCUGAGGCAGCAAAGCAUCCCCAAACCAUCACACCACCACCACCAUGCUUGCCCUUUGGUAUGAUGUUCUUACUGUGGAAUGCAGUGUUUGGUUUUCGCCAAGCAUAAUGGGACCCAUCUCGUCCAAAAAGUUGACUCAAGUUUGCCAAAAAGCACCUGGAUGAUCAUCAAGACUCUUGGAAGAACAUUCUAUGGACAGAUGAUUCAAAAGUAUACAUUUUUGGACUACAUGGUUCCAGUAAUGCCUGGCGAAAAACAAACUCUGCAUUCCAAGGUGUCGCAUGCAAGAUCCCGGAAGUCUAUAAUUCAAACACACAGAUAUUGACAGUGAUGUAAACGGCGUUGACAUUCAUCUUGAAGCUGGAAUCCAUAGUGGUGAAACUGCCAUGUCCGUUUGCGAUAUUACAACAACAAAGAUGUUACUUCAAACAACAAACACUCCACAAUCAUCAUUGCACACAUGAUAGAACAGCAGAGUAUGUACUAUGAUUAUUAUUAUUUUUACCAUGAAGGCCCAGCGCAGUCAAAAAUGUGAAUUUCCUGUGUUUUAUAUACACUGAGUCUACAAAACAUUAAGAAUGCCUUCCUAAUAUUGAGUUGCCCUCAGAACCGCCUCAAUUCGCCGGGGCAUGAACUGUAUAAGGUGUCGAAGGCGUUCCACAGGGAUGCUAGCCCAUGUUGACUCCAAUGCUUCCUACAGUUGUGUCAAGUUGGCUGGAUGUCCUUUGGGUGGUGAACCAUCCUUGAUACACACAGGAAACUGUUGAACUUGAAAAACCCAGCAGUAUUUCUAGUUCUUGACACAAACCGGUGCGCCUGGCACCUACUACCAUACCCCGUUCAAAGGCACUUAAAUCUUUUGUCUUGCCUAUUGACCCUCUGAAUGGCACACAUCCUUAAAAAUCUUUCUUUAAACUGUCUCCUCCCCUUCAUCUACACUGAUUGAAGUGGAUUUAACAUGUGACAUCAAUAAGGGAUCAUAGCUUUCACCUGGAUUCCCCUGGUCAGUCUAUGUCAUGGAAUGUUUUGUACACUCAGUGUAUACAAACACUGAAACCAGUAUAAAUAAAUAGCAUCAUGAUCAGUGUGAUCAGGUUUAUAUUAGUACAGGUAUAUGCAAUGAUUAAAAUCAAAUCAAAAAGCGUGAUUUUACAAAAAGAAAUGGUCACAACACACUUUACAAACAAAAACAAAGGAGAGAAAGAAUAAAGGGAAAACAUUCAAAUCAAAAGGAAUGCCAACAACAGUAGAGAUAUGUUAUAUUAAUGCAUUGCCCAAACACUAUUAAGCCAAUUAACUUUCCUUCUGUCUUUCCCUAGCUGGUUCUUCCCCCGUCAAAAUGAAGUCUAACCGCUGUGAGAGUGUAGUGCAAUAAAAAACUAAAAAACAUUCUGCAAUGAUUGAAUUCAGACCAAUUCUACACAAUUCUGUGAUGAGUUUUACAACUACUGCUGCCUCUUACCUGCUUUACAGGACACGCUCAGACAAUGGGAGGAGGAAGAAGUGUGGGAGGUGGAGUAGGAGCAGGAGCAGGAGGAGGUGGAGCAAGGAGAGGAGGAGCAGGAGUAGGAGGAGGAGGAGGAGGAGGCAAGUGACUACUGUAUCUUUCCCCUACAUCAUAGCUCCACUUGUUGAACAUCAGUUUAGGUGUGCUCAAUGUGUGAUGUCUUUUGUCAUAGGCAUGCUGCAUGCUGCUGAGGAUGAGCAGAUGUCAUAUUCUGCCUAUAAACUGGGUAAUUCUUCCACAUUUUAUAAAAUCAUUGUUUGAUAUUUUUUGUACUGUCUGACUGUGUGUAGAGCCCUACCUGUUUAAAUGCCCUCACUGACUAACUGGUUGACUAUACAGUAUGUGUGUGUGUGUGUGUGUGCCUGGCUGGCCAUCUGGCUAUGGCUGUGUGUGUGUCUGUGUGUUGGAUUCUUUAUGUAAAUGUUCUGACUGUGUAUAGGAUUCUUUGUAAAUGUUCUCUCAUGUUACACUUCCAACUGAAAGUGAAAUCUACCAACUCACUCAAUUUAAACUACAACCUACAGCUACAACUAGUACUGCAAUAUACAUUUAGAGUCAUUGAGCAGACGCUCUUAUCCAGAGCAACUUACAGUUAGUGAGUGCAUACAUUUUCAUACUGGCCCCCCGUGGGAAUCGAACCCACAACCCUGGCGUUGCAAGCGCCAUGCUCUACCAACUGAGCUACACGGGGCCACCAUACAUAACCUUCCAGUUAGUGGAACUGAAACUACAUUGGACAGAAUGGCUGUUUAAAAAAUAAACAACGUUACCAUGACUUAUUGAAAUCCAUUUUAAAACCAUGGCUUCUCUCUACUUGUACCACUCUCAUGAACAGUAUAACAAAAACCUCAUCCUAUUUAGAAAUGACAAAAUGGCCGACAUUUCAAUAAUCUCUUAGGGAAGAAAAGGAUUCAGAAAAGAAAGGACGCACAGUAAAACUUGACAGUCUUGAUCAGUCUUCCAUGAAGCGGAUGUGCUUAGUGGCCUACUUGGCCCGGGCUAUGAUGAAGGAUAUGAAGGAAUAUUUAUGUCGCUCUCAACAUUAAUUUUUUGUGUGAUUAAGAUGUUCUCAAAGAUUAUUGCUGUUUUUUCAUAAACUAAUUAUCCUUAUCUCUCUCUCCCCUCUGCAUCAUAUCUCUGUCCUUCUCCCUCUCUCUCUCUUUCUCUCUCUCUCUAUUCCUCUCUCUCUCUUUCUCUCUCUCUCUGUCCCUCUCUCUCUCUCUCUCUCUCACUCUCUCUCUCUCUCUCUCUCUCUCUCUCUCUCUCUCUCUCUCUCUCAGUGAGUCCUCCCCUGAGGUUCCUGUUGCCAGCUGAGGGUCAGGCCCUGCCACUGUGCUAUGACAUCCCUGUGGCUCUCUCGCUCAGACUCCUAAAGGACCCCAACAAUGGUGACUUGACCUCAAUUCAAAUGUUCUUCAAUGCCUUCCUUCCUUCCUUCAUUCAUUCAUAAAUUAAUUAAUUCCUUGACCUGUCCACGUCUUCAACUCACUCCUCAAACAUCUUUGAAUGAAUGAAUGAAUGGUGUCCAUCUUUUCCCAGAGUUGUCCAUAAACGGUCAGCUUGGACAAUCAGCUAGCACAGGCUACCAGAAGGUUGUGAUCCACUACAAAAGUGAUCAACAUAUUGGGUUAGACACCACUCUCAUCACCUUCAAGGAUGGACAGAAUGCAACAUAUUUCUCCUGGAGCCUUAACAUCAACCACGAAACAGACAGGUGCUGAAUCACAGACUUUCUGCUAAAAGUUUUAGCUUUUUGUGCAGUGCAAGAUGUUUUAAUUAUAGCCUGGUUAAACCAAGUGAAGUGAGACAAUAGUGAGUGUAGUGUUCAGUCUGGUUUAGGCCUCAGGUAUUUAAUGUUGGGAACAUAAGUAUUGUAUGGAGAAGUAAAGACUGGUAGCUUAGUGGUUAAGAGCGUUGUGCCAGUAACCGAAAGGUCGCUGGUUCUAAUCCCCGAGCCGACUAGGUGAAAAAUCUGUCGAUGUGCCCUUGAGCAAGGCACUUAACCCUAAUUGCUCCUGUAAGUCGCUCUGGAUAAGAGCGUCUGCUAAAUGACAGAAAUGUAAAUGUAAAGACCUCUACAUUUGGAACACCUUCCUAAUAUUGAGUUUUAUGGUACCCCCCCCCCCCCCCACCUAAAUAUUUUGUCUUGCCCAUUCACCCUCUGAAUGGCACACAUACACAAUCCAUGUCUCAAUUGUCUCAAGGCUUAAAAAUCCUUAUUUAACCUGUCUCCUCCCCUUCAUCUACACUGAUUGAAGUGGACUUAACAAGUGACAUCAAUAAUGGAUCAUAGCUUUCACCUAGAUUAAUCUGGUCAGUCUAUGUCAUGAAAAGAGCAGUUGUUCCUAAUGUUUUGUACAUUCAGUGUAUAUUACUUAAGUUGCCUAUCUACAUUUAUACAUCUGGUCAAAAUAGACAUGUCCUCUUUUAUAGCCAAUUUAAUUGAUACAUCUGAUCCUUGUUAUGUCACUUCCUGCAGUGUGUCUCUGAUCCUACGGGACAAGGAGAUGGACAUCACCAUAGGGUCAACACGGAUCAUCAUCAUGCUCUAUGAGAGGAAUGGAAUCAAGUUUCUGUGGCCCGUCCUGAUGCAGCGCCCAACGGGAGACAACAUUAUUGGGAUCGUGGGUGAGUGAAACAUUAUCAGUUAGGACUACAUUCCACUUCAUAUCCCUAUGUUGUAGUCAUAACAUCUACAUUUUGUUAUGAGACACUUUUGAAAACAAUUUUUGUUUUGAUUGACAAACUCAAAAUGUCACUUACAAAAAGGGAACUAACAAAGAAAAUCCCUCGGACCAUCAAAACAAAACAGAAGGGGUUCUAGAAGACAUCCAUGGGAGUCUCCACUUAAAGUUGACAAGUACUGUAACUAGGAAAUGUGCCCUAAAGAAUUCCCACCAUGGAUGCUCACUAAAUUGAUGAAAAUACGGUAGUUAAUGACACAGUAUAAUAUAUGAUAAUAUAUGCUAUUUAGCAGACACUUUUAUCCAAAGCGACUUAGUCAUGCAUGCAUACAUUUUACGUAUGGGUGGUCCCUGUAAUCAAACCCUAAAUUCUGGCAUUGCAAGCACAAUCUACAAACUGAGCUACAAAUUGAGGACCACCUCCUCAUACUGUCCAUUUGAUUCAUAGUGACAGUAUUUGUACUGUGUGUUACAGCCCGUCCACCUGUUGCCUAUGAGGAGGUCCAGGGAACAACAAUGAAACUGAAGAUUCAGGACAAAGAAGUAGAAGUCUCCAGGUAAGUUCAACUGUCUAUUAGAAACAAACUGCAUGUAUAGUGAUCUGACUGUUCAUAGGUUGUGUGUUUUAAUACUGUGUAUCUAUAGCAAUAAUGUGUAUUUAGUGUAUUUAAUGAGUUUAUAUUUAGGUGAUUAUGUUUGAUUGUAUGGUUCUGUGAGAAUAUUUAGGGAAACUGGAGUAUUCUGUAUACGCUAUUAUAUUAAGAACCGUGUUGUGGAUUGUGUGUGUGUGUGUGUGUGUGUGUGUUGCAGGAGCUCUGCUGUGGAUCUCAGUGUUCGCUCUGCCCCCACCGUGGUAUGCUGGUUGCUGCCUCUUCAGUCUGCCCUACAGGGGGAGCUAGCUGACUUCACCGUCACACAACUCUAGCUGAACACUAUACAUACAGUAAUUCUGUUCUAGAAUUAGGAAGAGCAACAAUAAAGACUGAGGUUUCUUUAUAGAGUUCUAUGAGUUCACAUAAUAACACAGCUAAAAUCUCCUGUUACAUAUUCAUUGUUGAAUAAAUGUAUCCUUUUUUGAACAGUUUGACAACUUUUGUGUUGCAUUCAAUAAAUACUGUCUUUGUGACUAAACUCAA